CCUGCUGGGCCGCCAUCACACGGCGGCAGCACGGUGACCCGGUGGCCCGGUGGGCUGGGCAGAACUCGUGUCCCGCUAGCCAGGCUUACCGCUCUGUGUUCUUAAAAGAUGAAGGAAACCUGGUCUUUCUUGGAUACUUUUGAGCCUAACUUCAGGCCUCUGGUAGUAAUUGAGCUUGCAAAAGGCACAAAAAAGGAAACCAUAGAAUGGUUCACUAAAAGAAUAGUGGACAAAAAAGCCAAUGGAGGUGCACAACUACUGAUUAAACCGUUGGUUACAGAAGAUGGAGAUGAAAAUAUUUAUCUAAUUGGAGCUUCCUAUUUAAGGCUGUUGCUGGGAGCUGAAACUGUGGGUUUGGUGAAGGAGUGUAAUGAUAAUUCAAUGAGAAGUUUCACAUACAGCAGUAGAAAAACUUUCAAAGACUUUGCAGAUGAUAAUCACAAUUUCCUUACAAUGUCAGAAUGUCAGUAUAUCAUCAAACAUGAGCUUGAAAACUUGAGAGCUAGGGAUGAAAAAAUGAUCCCUGGAUAUCCACAGGCGAAGCUAUAUCCAGGAAAAUCAAUUGGUAAGCAAGUGAGAAGAUUAUUGACCAAUGGCAUUCUAGUUCAGAUUUUCCCACUCCAUGACAGAGAAGAAUUGAAAAAGCUCCGACACACCUGGUAUGGCCGAGUCAGAAUUGGCUAUCAACCUUUAGAUGAGAUACGCUCCUACUUUGGUGAAACCAUCGCUCUCUACUUUGGCUUCUUAGAGUAUUUCACGUUUGCAUUGAUUCCGAUGGCUGUCAUUGGAAUCCCUUACUAUGUAUUUGCAUGGGAAGAUUAUGACAAAUAUGUCAUGUUUGCCACAUUCAACCUGCUGUGGUCCACUGUGAUCCUGGAAGUUUGGAAGCGGAUUUGCGCAGUGAUGACGUACCGCUGGGGGACACUGUUGAUGAAGAGGCAGUUUGAAGAACCAAGGCCAGGUUUCCACGGUGCUUUGGGUAUCAAUCCUGUCACUGGGAAGGAGGAACCGGUGUACUCCAGUAUUAAGAGACAGUUACGCAUUUAUCUGGUGUCCGUACCGUUCGUGUGCCUUUGCCUCUACUUCUCGCUGUACGUGAUGAUGAUUUACUUCGACUUGGAACAGUGGGCUCUGGAUUAUCAUGAGGAGAAUAAGUCCACCUUCAGCAGCUUGAUGCUCUAUGUGCCCAGUAUCAUAUAUGCUGUCGUGAUUGAAGUUAUGAACCGUAUCUAUAGGUAUGCUGCUGAAUUCUUAACAUCGUGGGAAAAUCACAGGCUGGAGUCUUCAUAUCAGAAUCAUUUAAUUCUGAAGGUUUUAGUGUUCAACUUCUUGAAUUGUUUUGCAUCUCUCUUCUACAUUGCUUUUGUGCUGUUUGAUAUGAAACUUCUGAGACAGAGCUUGGCCACUUUGCUGAUAACUUCACAGAUCCUCAAUCAGUUUGCAGAAUCCCUGCUUCCUUACUGGCUCCAGAAGAGACAUGUGAAGAAGAUGAAGAAACACACACGUUCUCUGAAAACAGAUACGGACCUGUCAUUAGUGGAACAAGUGAACUUGGAGAAAGAAAUGGGCACCUAUUUUGGUACUUUUGAUGAUUACUUGGAGUUGUUUUUACAGUUUGGCUACGUCAGUCUUUUCUCGUGUGUUUAUCCGCUGGCUGCUGUCUUUGCAGUGUUAAACAACAUCACAGAGAUAUAUUCUGAUGCUUUAAAGAUGUGUAGAGUCUACAAGCGUCCAUUUGCAGAACCCACAGCAAAUAUUGGUGUUUGGCAGUUGGCUUUUGAAACUAUGAGUGUAAUAUCAGUAGUUACUAACUGCAUACUGAUUGGAAUGUCUCCACAAGUGAAUGCCCUUUUCCCAGACUCAAAAAUGGAUCUUGUUCUGACUGUGGCACUGGUAGAGCACUUGCUACUGGCAAUAAAGUUUGUCAUGGCAUUUGUAAUUCCUGAUAAACCAAGAGAGAUACAGAUAAAGCUGGCCAAAUUGGAAUUUGAAUCACUAGAGGCUCUCAAACAACAGCAAAUGAAACUCGCUGCUGAAUCACUGAAGGAGUAAACAUGAAGGAACAAAGAUGACUACAGCAGUCACACAUGGACGUGGGCACUCCUUGAGCCUUUGUUUAUGAUGCUGAGGAGCUGAGUGCACACCAUGCUAUUCCGUGUGUCUGCACGUGGCACCUGCUUCUAUGAUACCUGGUAAAUACUCACUACUUGAGGUGGUGAAAAAGAGAUCAUUUCUCCUACUCCUUUUUUUUUUUCCCCCCCUACAUACACCAGUUUGUGGAGCUGACACUACACAAAGCAGUCCAGCCUGCACAAGGUCUGGUUGAAGGCUUCCAGACCCACCGCACUUCAACUGAUGGAAAACAGAACUUGGGAUAAGCAUCCCCAAGAUACCCAGAGACUUCAGCUGUAACCUUGUAAAAGAAAACAGAAAGAAAAAGGUGGAGCAGCACUUCAUUCAGUGCACUGCCUCUGAGCCUAUGGCCUGCUUUGUCCCUUUAUGAUGACAGUUAACUAGUCCUCUCUUUUAUUCAACCACUGCUGAUUAGCUGCUUUUUGCACAUAGCAAAUUAAUUUACGUUAUGUAAUGAAAUAUGGUUGUUCCUGACAUAACCUGAGAAAUAUCUAAACAUAAAUAUAAGGUGUGCAUUACACGUUCCUCUGUGCUGGUUACCCAAAUAAGUGUGAGUUAAAGUCUUCCCCAGAGUUGGGUAAAAGCAUUGAGUAGGAAACAGUACUGAGCAGUAACUUAUGAAGAUUAAGCAGCAGAUAUUUAUGUAUUUUUUUGUUUAUAUUUGCUUUUGGCAUCACUUCCUUGGGCCUUGAACCACAGCGUUGUAAACGUGAUACACCAGUACCCAGGUGCCCAGUGACCACUUCAUGGGGGGGGGGGG